AUGUCAUAUGGGAGAGAAGAUGCUACCAUCGAGCCCGACUUCAUAGAAGCGGAUGCGCCCAUGGUGGCCACCGGCGUCGCGGCGGCCAACACAGACGGGACGUUCCAGGAUUCAGGCAGCAGAGGUACUCUGGACGAAACUGUACUAGAGACGCUGAAACGCGAUGUGGUCGACAUUAACUCGAGGCUAAAACAGGUCGUGUACCCGCAUUUCCCUUCAUUUUUCAGCCAGUGCUCCGAUGGGAUGGGCGCGGCGAGCGAUAACGACAUUUCAGCCAAUUGCGAUCUGUGGGCCCCCCUUGCGUUCAUCAUUCUGUACUCUUUGUUUGUAUCGCACGCGCGGUCGCUGUUUUCGAGCCUGUUCGUGUCUAGCUGGUUUGUCCUGCUGGUGAUGGCACUGCAUUUGAGACUUACGAAGCCGCACCAGAAGGUGUCGCUGAUUUCGUACAUAUCCAUUUCCGGGUAUUGCCUCUUCCCGCAGGUGCUGAACGCUUUACUCUCGCAGCUGUUGCUACCGUUGGCCUUCCACAUCGGCAGGGAGAACCACUGGGUUGUAAGGAUCCUAUCGUUUUUGCAACUGGUGAUCAUGGCGCUGUGCCUGAUGUGGUCUGUGGCCGCCGUUUCGUGGGUCACCAAGAGUAAGACUGUUAUCGAGAUAUACCCGCUGGCGCUCUGUUUCUUUGGCAUGGCCUGGUUGUCUACCAUUCUAUAG